AUGACUCAACUCAACGGACAGAACCGGUCGCAAGCGACCUACAGCAACGGCCACGGCAAGUUCUUCCAGGAUGUUGGCGUGUGGAAGGAGGCUCCCCUUCUCAAGGGAACCACCAAGUUCGAGCCACUCCCUGAUGUCAAGAACAUCAUGAUCACCGGUGGUGCCGGCUUCAUUGCAUGCUGGCUGGUCCGCCAUCUUACUCUCACUUACCCUGGACAUUACAACAUCGUGUCUUUUGACAAGCUUGACUACUGCUCGUCACUCAACAACACGCGCGUUCUGAACGAGAAGUCCAACUUCACAUUCGUCCACGGCGACAUUACCAACCCCACUGAAGUACUCAACUGCCUGAAGAGGUACAACAUUGACACCGUCUUCCACUUCGCCGCUCAGUCUCACGUCGACUUGAGCUUCGGUAACUCAUACGGAUUCACUCACACCAACGUCUACGGCACUCACGUCCUGCUGGAAAGUGCCAAGAGCGUCAACAUCAAGCGCUUCAUCCACAUCUCGACUGACGAGGUCUACGGUGAGGUGAACGACGACGACGAUGACCUUCUCGAGACCAGCAUUCUUGCUCCCACCAACCCCUACGCUGCCAGCAAGGCCGCUGCCGAGAUGCUAGUACAGUCCUACCAGAAGAGUUUCAAGCUCCCCGUCAUCAUUGUCCGCAGCAACAACGUCUACGGACCUCACCAAUUCCCCGAGAAAAUCAUUCCCAAGUUCACGUGUCUGCUGAACCGUGGCCAGCCUGUCGUCCUCCAUGGUGAUGGUAGCCCAACCCGCAGGUAUCUGUUUGCCGGGGACGCCGCGGAUGCUUUCGACACCAUCUUGCACAAGGGUCAGAUGGGCCAAAUCUACAACGUGGGCUCGUACGAUGAGAUCUCCAACAUUGACCUCUGCGGUCAUCUCCUCACGCAGAUGGGCAUUUCCCACGACACCAAGGACGAGUUUAAGAACUGGGUCAAGUACACCCAUGAUCGUCCCUUCAACGACCACCGCUACGCCGUCGACGGCACCAAGCUGCGCCAGCUUGGAUGGGACCAGAAGACCAGCUUUGCCGACGGACUCAAGAUCACGGUCAACUGGUACCGUCAGUUCGGUGAGGAGUGGUGGGGUGACAUCACCCAGGUUCUCACGCCGUUCCCUAUCGUCCAGGGUCUCGAUGUGUCUGCCGACCAAGAGCCCAUCGGUGACUCCCCGCCAACGCCCGAGAACAAGAAGAGGAAGACUGUCGAGGGAGUCAACGGAAACGGCAACGGCCACGCCGUCAAGGCCUAA